AAAAAAUAUAUUUUAUUCAUAAAAUUGUUAAAAUUAUUUAAAAUAGCGGCAGACAUUUAUAUGUAAUUGAACUUAUUGAUAUGUCUGUGAUGAAAAAUCAUUCGAUGCGAAGGUUGGAUGAAAAUUUGCGAUGUAGCUGUUGAUUUUUGUGGCUCUUGUAGUGGACUAGUGGAGGAGGAGGACUAGUGGAAGUUUAGUAGGUCGAUUAAGAUAGUAGGUCGUGUGGGUGUUCAAUCGGUAUGUGGCACGAGCAGGCUGUGUUAUGAAUGAGGAGGCUCUGUUGGCGCGGGCUUUCGAGGAGCGGGAGCGGAUAUUCCAGAGAUACGAGAGGGGGCGUGAAAACCUCGCGGGCCAGAUUGACCCCUGGGAGGAUCCCGAAUUUGAAGAUUACCAUAAAACUGAUAGAUAUGGCUUCAUUCACGAUGAACGACUCCCGCAGAAAACAGCGCCACAAAAAAUUAAUGUGGAAGUUGAAAGGGAGAAGAAAUGGGUCAAGAUGCUUGGAUCCUGGGAUUCACCCACCACAAGAGAAAAGUUACAUAGAAGAAUAUACAAAGGCAUUCCAAACUCUCUUCGAAUAAAGAUAUGGUGCAAGCUCUUAAAUGUUAAUGCAGCAAAGUCGGCAACCCCCGGAAAGUACCAAGAGAUGUUAAAGUUAGCAAAGCAGUGGUCAACAGAUGUCAGACAGAUAGAUUCUGAUGUGAACAGGCAAUUUCGUGAACAUCAGUUCUACAGGGAAAGAUAUUCUGAGAAACAGUGCUCAUUGUUUAAUGUUCUGUGUGCUUACAGUAUGUAUAACUCUGAAGUAGGAUAUUGUCAGGGUAUGUCAGGCUUAGCUGGUGUCUUACUCAUGUACAUGGAUGAAGAAGAUGCAUUUUGGGCUCUCGCAAUUCUUCUCUCAGAUAAGAAGUAUGCCAUGCAUGGAUUGUAUGUUGAAGGAUUUCCAAAGUUAACAAGAUUUCUAGAACAUCAUGAUAAGAUACUAACAAAGUUUAUGCCAAAGUUGAAACAUCACUUUGAUAAAUUUGGCCUUGAUGCUAUACUCUACUCACUAAAAUGGUUCUUUGUAUGCUUUGUGGAACGAGUGCCCUUCAGUUUAUGUUUAAGAGUUUGGGAUAUAUACCUUCUUGAUGGAGAGAGAGUUAUUACUGCUAUGGCCUACACAAUUCUGAAACUUCACAAAAAAGCCAUUAUUAAAUUGAAUGAUAUGGACCUAAUUGUUAAUUAUAUUCAGGUGAAACUACAUAAGGAUUUUGGUUACGAGGAUGAUAUUGUUAUUUAUAACUUAGAGAGGUCCAUGGAGGAGUUAAAACGAGCAAAGCUUGAUUAUCCGGGUCCGCCACCAUCCACCGAGUUGCCACAACGGCCACUAGGUGUAUUUGUGGAACCAGAUAAGAAAUCAAAAAUUGGUCAAAGAGCUGAAAAUUUUUCGGAAACUGAAAAACAAGCUAGAGCUACAGUAAUCUUGCGAGAAGAGGAGAUUGUUGUUCCUAGUAACAAAUUAAAAUAUAUGUCAAAACUAACUCAGAAGGACACCAAUAGUACAAGGCGAGAGAAGGCGGCACUUGAUUUGCAGGAGUUGCGAGUGUCACAGAGCGAUACGGUCUCAGUGUUGUGUUCAGAUCACAGUGGCGUGGCGAGUGGGGUCCGUUGCGAGGACUCUGUCUCGGCUCUGGGGUCACGGCGGUCACUGGCGGACACCAGCGUCACGAGUACCGCCGACCUGAGCGUGUUCUCGAGCGGUCGCUCUCACGCGCCUGACAACUCGCUAGACACUCACAGCAACAUCAGCGACGACGGCACUGGGUCAGAUGGAUCAGGGAUUUGCGGUUUGAGCAUACAAAGGGCGCCGUCCACCGCGCACUCGACGCCAAGAGGCACGCCCCACCCUCCAUCCGUGUCGCCUCAGUCUGAAGACGUGGUGCGUAUCCACGUCACGUACAAUCCCCUGGCCGCUAGUCCCUCGCACUUGCAGCCGGUCAGUCUACCCAAAUAUAAAUCGUAUGCGGAGGAACACCACAAGCCUGUAUCCCUGGGGUUCUACACGAGCAACGGCGCCACCAAUCUCCCCUCCGAUAACAGGAUCAGGAUACAAGUCUCGUCGGACGAGCUUCUGACCCCCGUUGUAGACUCCGGCCGCAUCAUAACGCAGCACUACAUUGAAUCUCACUCGGGAAUCUACGAUAUAAAGUAGAUUUUCUGCUGGUAUUAUUGUUGACCUUGAAAAGGGAAUAUUAUUAUAUGUACCUAGUUCAUUAAGUUGGCUCGAGAUUGAUAUGAAUUUAAGAUUGUAUGAAUUAUGAAUGUUUUUAACGUAUCCAAUUCCAAAUAUUUGUUUAGCGAAAAAAGGUAAAACGUAUAUAUGUGAGUAGGUGUUAUUUUUAAGGUUGCAGUGAUGCCAUAUUUGGGGUACAAUGGCGCUCAUUCCAUAUUUGCGUGUUUAGGUUACGUCAAUUCAUGAAGUAAUUACUACAUUGGUAAAGGUUCAUAGUUUUUUUGAAAUAAUGGUGUAAUAUCAUAUAUUAUAGCUAAUAUUGU